AUGGUGCACUGGACGUCUUUUCUGCCCCUUCUUGGGAGCGCAGUCUCCGUCGCUGCUGCUGCAACCUCGAAAUUGCCUUCAGCGCAGGUAGUUCCAGGUGCUUACAUCGUGGAAUUGGCUGAUAACCAUGACUCGGAUUCUUUCUACAGCACGCUCGGAAGCGAUGAUGUUGCUGUGAAGCACCGCCUCAAGCUGGACUACAAGCUCUUCAAAGGUACCUCGUUCCAAUUGAAGAAUGUUUCGGACAUGGAUGGUGCCGCGGCGAAGAUCGCCAACAUGGACAUGGUCAUGCGAAUGUGGCCUGUACGCAUCUUCAAUGUGCCGAAAGACGAGGUUAUCUGGAAAGGCACCGAUGGUCGCACCGAGUUUGCGCAGGCAGCGCUGAAGAAGCGACAAUCCGGAAAUGCCACCACCGACACAUUUUCGACGCACGUCAUGACGCAAGUAAACCAGCUUCGUCAAGAGGGUGUGACAGGAUCAGGCAUCAAGAUUGCAGUCAUCGACACUGGCAUAGACUAUCUUCAUCCUGCACUAGGUGGUGGUUUCGGCGCCGGUCAUUUGGUAUCGUACGGCACGGACCUUGUUGGCGACGACUACACUGGCUUCAACACACCGGUACCUGACCCAGAUCCGAUCGACGAGUGCGAAGGCCAUGGAAGCCACGUUGCUGGUAUCAUUGCCGCACAAGAAAACCCCUAUGGCUUUACGGGCGCCGCGCCCGACGUCACACUUGGAGCAUACAGAGUCUUUGGUUGUGGAGGCAGUGCCGGCAACGAUGUCCUCAUUGCGGCCUACAAUCAAGCCUACGAAGAUGGUAGCGACAUCAUCACCGCUUCCAUUGGCGGAGCCUCUGGAUGGACGGAAGACCCCUGGGCUGUCGCUGUCCAGCGCAUCGUCGAGGCGGGUGUUCCAUGCACUGUUAGUGCUGGUAACGAUGGCGACCAAGGCUUGUUCUACGCCAGCACGGCAGCCAACGGCAAAGGCGUAACGGCAAUCGCCUCAGUUGAUAACACUCAGUCCCCUCAGGUCCUCACCAACGCAACAUACAGCACCGGUAAUUCUUCGACCGAGUCGUUCGGAUGGACACCUGGUAGCCCAGCCAACUGGCCCAACGUCAGCCUUCCGCUAUGGAAUGUAAACAACGAUCCGACCGACACCGCGAAUGGUUGCGAUGCGUACCCGGCCGACACCCCUGAUCUUUCUGGCUACAUCGUGUUGAUCCGUAGAGGAACGUGCACCUUCGUCCAGAAGGCAACCAAUGCGGCCGCCUACGGAGCGAAAUACGUCCUGUUCUAUAACAAUGUCGAAGGACUCAUUUCGGUUUCUGCCGCCGUUGAUGGUAUCGAAGGAACAGGCAUGGUGACAGCGGAACAGGGCGAGGAGUGGGUCGCCGACUUGGCGAGUGGCAUCACCGUCACCGUGAACAUUGUCGACCCGAAGGUUGCCCCGAUCUACAUUGUUUCUCAGCCAAAUGACGUAACUGGUGGAUUCCUCAGCACUUACACUUCCUGGGGUCCUACGUACGAGGUCGACGUCAAACCCCAGCUCGCAGCGCCGGGUGGCAUGAUCCUUUCGACAUACCCACGUGCUCUCGGCAGCUAUGCUGUUCUCUCUGGUACUUCAAUGGCAUGCCCUCUCGCGGCUGCUAUCACUGCCUUGGUCGCGGAGGUUCGCGGUACAUUCGACCCAGUGGAACUCGAGAAUGUCCUUUCGGCAACGUCCAACCCUAAUCUUUUCAACGACGGUGCCUCAACUUACCCUGUCCUUGCUCCUGUCGCCCAGCAAGGUAGUGGACUGCUUCAAGCCUACGACGCUGCAUACGCGAAGACCGUCCUCAGCGUUUCCAGCAUCUCCUUCAACGACACUGCUAACCUCGUUCAAACCACGAACUUCACUAUCCAAAAUACUGGUGGUGAUGAAGUCACGUUUGACCUCGCUAACGUCGUUGCGGCUACCGGCUAUACUCUGGAGGCGGGCACCAUCUUCCCAAGCCCUUUCCCCAACGAGCUGGACACCACUGGCGCCACUCUGAGUUUCAGCGAAGACAAAGUCACUGUCCCAGCCGGUGGAUCUGCAGUCGUCUCGGUCACCGUGUCGCCUCCUGCGCUCGACGCAACCCGUCUUCCAGUAUACAGCGGAUACAUCACCUUGAACUCGACCAGUGACUCGUUGAGCCUCCCCUACCUAGGCGUAGUAGGCAGCAUGAAGAACGCAACCGUUCUCAGUGCAGCCGACACAUACCUUACCACCUCUGCCGACCCCAACGCCAACCCCAUCAGCGGCAACCAGACCUUCACUAUCCCCUCCAAUAACGGCACUGCACCCAACGGUACCGCCUACCCAGAAGUUUUCCUCGGCCUUGCGCUUGGAAGCUCCUACGUCAAACUCGAGGUCAUCCCGCAAACUGGAUACAAUACCUCUUCGCUCGGCAACAUCUUCGGCUUCCCGCAGGUGUAUCUGCCGCGCGGAGGUUCAGUCUGGGAGUUCAACGGACAAUUGGAGGAUGGAUCUUUUGCGCCGGCAGGGUCGUACACGUUCAAGGUCAGCGCGUUGCACAUCUUUGGAGACAUGGCCAAGGAGAGCGACUACGACGUUACGGAGACGGAGACCUUCGCCAUCAAGUAUAUAUAG